CGCUCCGAAGUAAACGUCAACUAAAAUGGCCGCUUAUGUGACUUUCCAGGACAUGACAUCUAAAAUCGGGAAUUAUGGUUUUUAAGCUGAAAUAUCUACCUGAAAACUGAUAUAUUUUUAAUACCUCUUUUAAACGGCCAUUGAAUCAAACCAACAGCUGCGCUGUAAUGUCUUGCACGGUGGAGGAAGAGGAGGAUCUGUAUGAGAGUCUGCCGCCGUCGACGACCACCGCCACUCACAUGUUUGCUGGAGCACUCGCGGGGAUCGGGGAACAUUGUGUCAUGUACCCUUUCGACAGUGUUAAGACCCGAAUGCAGAGCCUGGUACCUGACCCAAGAGCAGACUACAGAGGGGUGGUGGACGCCAUGACAACUAUCUUCAGGUACGAGGGUUUGCGGAACACUACACGAGGUAUUGGAGCGAUGAUUGGUGGGGCGGGACCAGCCCAUGCCCUCUACUUUGCCAGCUAUGAACACCUUAAGAAGGUGUUUAGCAAGGGACAGGAGGGAAACCAUAUUGCUCGGGGUGCUGCAGGAUGCGCAGCCACAGUGAUACAUGACCUGUUCAUGAACCCAGCUGACGUGAUAAAGCAGAGAAUGCAAAUAUACGGCAGCCAAUAUAAAACUUGUACAGAGUGUGGACUCAGUGUGUUAAGAACUGAAGGAGCAGUUGCCUUCUAUCGCAGUUUCACAACACAGCUCAGUAUGAAUAUCCCAUUCCAAAUGGUGCAUUUUAUGACUUAUGAAUUUGCCCAGGAUAUAUUCAACAAAUCACGAGAGUACAACCCUGUGAGUCAUGGUGCAUCCGGGGCUUUGGCUGGGGCGGCUGCUGCCACAAUAACCAUGCCACUCGACGUGUGCAAAACUCUGCUGAACACCCAGGAGCACUGUUCUCGGACUAACAUUUCAUAUAUUAAUGGCAUGGGUGCAGCAUUUCGAACUGUGUAUGAAUUCCAGGGCUUCAAGGGAUACUUCCGAGGGUUGACGGCUCGUGUGUUUUACCAGAUGCCCAGCACGGCUAUUUCGUGGUUAAUAUAUGAGUUUUUCAAAUCCAUAUUGAAGACUAAACCAUCAGAGGCGGAAGACAGUGGGCAUUAUUUGACAAUAAAAUCACUUCAGGCACAGUCUAACAAUCCAGACUAAAUGGAAACAAAGAUCUGCAUAAUAGCUGUUUAUUGCCAUAUUUAAAACCACCAAAUCCAAGCUAGUUUUACUCUUAAUAUGUUUCAACUCCAGGUUUUGCUUUCAAUAUGAUUACAUGUACUAGGGGAUGAAGUACCAUAUUAUUUUAGACUUUUUAGUCAUUGCAUUAAUAACAAAUAUACAAGGAACAUUAAGAAAUAAUAGAUAAUAAUUUUUUGUAUACAUGUGUUUUUUUUUAAAGUUUUGAACUUAAAAAUCUUUGCCAGCAGCCCCAAAAAACAGUUUUUAAAACAUUUUUUUUUAAUUAUAAUAAAUGUAUUUUGCUGUAAAUUUAGAAAAGGUAAUGCAGCUUUUGAAUUUUAAUGAAAAUGUUUCUGAAAGCUCAUCAAAGGAACAUUAUUAAAAGUAAAACUAGCUGAUUGCUUUUCGUGCAGAUCCUAUUGGUUGAAACAAUUAAUUUAAAAAGAAUAUAAAUUCAGAUAAUUUACUUAAGCAAAGUUGUUGAUAUUUUUUUUAGGGUUUUUCUUCGGAACACGGUUAAAAAAAGUGAAAAUGAUUUAAAGGCCAAAAAAAAAUAAGUUGCCAUUUGAAGUAGUUUUAUCUACACCGAAAUAUGCGUCACUAUAUACUAGCUACACCAGCUGGAGUGAAGAUAGCUCUAACACCAUCUUGAGUGAAAAUUGCUUUAAGCGAAGAUUAAUCUAACACCAGCUAGAGUGAAGAUUGCUAUAACACCAGCUAGAGUGAAGAUUGCUAUAACACCAGCUGGAGUGAAGAUUGCUAUAACACCAGCUGGAGUGAAGAUUGCUAUAACACCAGCUAGAGUGAAGAUUACUAUAACACCAGCUGGAGUGAAGAUUACUAUAACAUCAGCUGGAGUGAAGAUUGCUAUAACACCAGCUGGAGUGAAGAUUACUUUAACACCAGCUAGAGUGAAGAUUACUAUAACACCAGCUGGAGUGAAGAUUACUAUAACACCAGCUAGAGUGAAGAUUGCUCUGUUAGCCAGAGGACUGCUACAAGCAAUUUGAUCUGCUCAAAGUGCCCUAGGUGCUUGUUGUUGGGGGAUACAAGAAUCUGUGUCAGUAGAAGACUGCUGCACGGUGUCUAUUUAUAGAAUAUCUGAGUUGUGUGCAUGUUUCACGAAAGGAAUGUAUACAUGUGUGAAAAUAUGGGUUCUGAGUUGUAAAUGAGCCAGUUUGAACUAAAUGUCAGUAGAAAAUGUAAUCAAAACAACCUCAAGUGUGUUCAUCAUGGAAAUGGUUGUAAAAAAAUGGCUACAAAUCAUAGUAUUAAUUCUCUCUUGGGUUGAGAUUGGAUUUUCAGGACGGAAUGUUGAUAAAUAUUUUAUGGUUUCAAGAUGGUAAAUAGGAGCCAUUUCGUCCUUGAAUUAAAGUUGAAUUUUAGUGAGAACCAUGAUAUUGUUUUAUUUUAGUUGUUAUGUUGUUAUAUUUUAUAUUACCCAGCGUGAUACAAAUUUUACUUCUUAUGAAAAUAUCUGCCGUUAUGUCAGAUAGAGGACUUCUACAUUUCGGUAACAAUAAAAUGUUUUUGUUCAUAUUUAGUAUGUAAUAUUCAUGAUCAUUGAAUUUGUGUAUAUAUGAAGACCACAGAUACUUGGUGAUUGCUGGUAUUUAUAGUGUAGUUCUUAUUGGAAUCCAUUUUUUUAACUUGCUUUUCAGGUUGAUGGGUUUUAUUUAAUUAUCGCUUCAAGUACAUGCACUUUAAAUAUGAACUAUUGGAUUAAAUCUAGGUUAUUUGCUCUCAAAUUCAAGUAGAUUUUAUCAUGCUUGUAAUUUAAACCAGUCAUAAGACUGCUGACAAAAAAUAAGAUUGCAGAUGUUUAUUUUUAAAUUAAAAAAAAAUGUUUUAUGCAUUUUUCUUAAACUGUUAGUAAUGGUGUUAGCCAUAAAACUUUAAUUUUAGAACGGAAAUAUGAAAAUCUGCUAUCUGAUCUUUUGUUAGCAAUCUCUUAUCAUUGGUUUGCAGAUAUUUAUGCAAACAUUUGCUCAUUCAAAGACAAAAAAUAAAAAAAACUUGUAAAAACAGUUAAUCUGUGAGUGUGCACAGCUUUAAGUCAUAAUUUCUAAAAAAAAUAUGUCCAUCAAGUGGUUCUACCAAACUCAGUCUGAGAUCAAGUGCUCUAUGGCAAAAUAUAAAUGAUUAACAUUAAUUUCUCAUUGGUCUUCAUAUAAGUUCAUAUGCUAAAUCUACAUAUACACAUGAAGGUUAUUGUCAUUUAUCUGUUGGUUUGUGCUCUGUGUUCAUUUAGGCUAAUGUUAGCAAACUUUUUGAUUUUAUAUCCCUGACAUUGUAGUGCUAAUGCUGCAAGCAGGGAACCUCAAUCUCAAAUAUUUGCUGCACACGCCUAUUAUGAGCGUACGGCAAUGUCAUAAUUACCAUCCUAUUACUUGUAAAGAAAAUAAUCAUUUAAAUCCAGAAGAAUAAUCAAUUAAUUUGGUGGUUCAAGGGCAAUGAAAUUGUUAAUUAAUCUGUUAAAAUAGAUUUAAUUUACAUUGUGUGUACUUUUUUAACCAUCAAUCAGUGAAGACUGCAAAGCAAUCUGUAUGUUCUGUGUCAUCUUUCUGAUUGUUGUAAUAUUAAAUUUUUACUUUAAAUGAUUCUAUCUGAUUGUAUUUGACAAUGUAAUAACGUAAAUCAACUUUUACAUCAUGAUUGGGUAAUAUUUGAUUAAUCUAACUUUUGCUCUUUCUUUAAUUGGUUAUUACGCAAAAAUAUAUCUUCCCAUGCUUUCACAGUGAUGAUGUGGUUUGAAUCUUGUCAUGCGUUCAAAUCCUGUUUGAAUGUUACGAAAUAUUCAAGUACACUGAAGGUCAAAUUACAAGUAAGGAAGAGAUCAUGUUUUACUUGUAUCAUCUCAUUUUGAAUGACACAUAUAUAUGUAAAAAAAAUAUUUGAACUUGAACUUGUUUCUGAAGAUCUAAGAUUUCUGAAGUUCUGACUUUUCAUGCAACAGGACCAAGCUCAUACAAGAUUAGACAGAAAUGCAUUGAACCAAUCAUCUCAUUGUUAUGGUGGAAGUGAUGCACAUGUUGUAUUGAUUAAUAAUAAAGGAUGAUUGUGAUUAGUUUGUACAUACACUGUACAGGGGUUUUAAAGUUCAAGAUAAAUCUUAAAAUCAGAAUUGAGAGCUUUUAACUUCAGACUCUUGUUUAGUUGUAAAGAUUGUGUUGUUUUUCAUGGACAUUUGCAUCGAAAACAGUAGGACAUACCUUACCUUGGAAUGAAUAUAAAUGACUUUGUAAAAUAUCAAACUGGCCCUAGCUAUAUUUCAGGAUUAAGAAUUAUCAGCUGUUAGAGCCCCUGUACAUAGUACAUAUGUUAUGUAUACAUGUGGUAUUUAUAGUGUAAGGACUUCUGUUAAAGUGUACAAUCUGCCCUAGAUAAUCAUCAUAAAUGUUUAUGAAUCCUAAGAGAUAACUAGUAGUUUAAAGCAGCACUUGCAAAAGUAUAAGGAUGAAAACAUAAUAUUCACAAAAAAACUUCUGAUUUAAUUGUUUAAAGCUGUUAUUGAGGCAGAGUCUCAGUACAAAUUAUUUUUGUGUGUCAGGAUCUUACUGGGCAGACUAAACAUUGUUACAUACAUCUUUUGUUUUGGUGCAUUUUGAAAUUUGAGAAGAAAAUAGUAUUUUUCAACUUUAUUCAGCCAUGAAAAAGUCAUUAAUCAGUACAUGUACUAGUUUAAUUGCAUGAUGUAAGUUUCUGAAUGGUUUUAUACAUGUGUAUAUAUUUACUAUGGAACCAUACUUGAGCUGUAUACUUCAGAUCACACGAACUGUUAUAAGAACCAAUGUUAACAUGUAAUAUAAUACAAGUUUGUUUUACAUGAUAAUGUACAGAGAUGGUAGAUUUUUUACAUUAUAAUGUUACUGUAACAGAUUAUGUACAGAGAUGAUAAUGUACGGAGAUGGUGUCAAGUUAUCCUUAAAUGUUGACCAUGGUUCCAUAGUGAUUUAUAAUUUGUGAAAUUUGAUUAAUUGGGAUAGCCAAAUAAGUAUUGAUUGAUGAUUGUUAAUUCUGGAUAAACCAUUUAUUGUUACCUAUAUAUGUCAGAAGAAGACUUCUACAUAAUAAACAGAUAAAACUUUA